AUGCCCAGCUCUCCCGGCCCUGCCAUCGUCGACCCCGGGCGCAGCAACGCGUCGACCAUCGCCGCCGACAUGGAGACCGGCUCGCACGAGCUCACCGUCCGCGGCUACUCGGGCACCAAGGGGCUCGGCGUCGGCAAGGGCAUCCUCUCCCUGCUCGUCGACGAUGAUCAAGGAGACAACGGCGACGUCAAGGCACAGUUCAAGUUCUGCUUGCUGGACCAGGGAGAACCCGUGCCAUCGUACACCCUGACUAGCAAGAGGCAGGAAUUCGCCCGCAUCAAAUCUCACGCAUGGGGUUGGGCCAAGUUCAUCAGGCGCAAGGAGUUGGAGGAGUCUCCUCACAUCGAAGACGAUACAUUCCGGAUCAGCUGCCAUGUCACUGUCCCCAAGAUCCGGGCCGAGGAAACCCAAGUGCACUUCCUCACAUCGCCUUCGAAGACGGACCUGCACCGGCAUCUUCGUGAUCUCCUAGAGAGCAAUGUGGGAGCGGACGUCAAGUUCAGGGUCGGCAGGGAGACGUUCACGGCGCACCGGAGCAUCCUCGCCGCUCGAUCACCGGUUUUCAGGGCGGAGCUCUUCGGUUGGAUGAAGGAGAAGUGGGCGGCUCAAGUCCGGAUCGAUGACAUGGAGCCGAGGGUGUUUGGAGCCAUGCUCCACUUCAUAUACACCGACUCGUUGCCUCAGAUAGAAGGUGACAGGAGGGUGAUGGCGCAGCAUCUUCUCGUUGCGGCAGACAGGUACUGCCUGGUGGGGCUGAAGAUGAUCUGCGAGGACAUGUUGCGCAACUUCAUCGACACCAACACGGCGGCGACUACUCUGGAACUGGCUGAGCAGCAAGGCUGCCGUCGUCUCAAGGAAAGAUGCUUGAACUUCCUUAAGAAUCCCGGCAAUACAAUUGCAGUCAUGGCGACCGAUGGCUUUGAGCAUCUAAUGAGCAGUUACCCCUCUCUUGUCAAGGACCUUCUUGCCAAGGUUUCUCCCUGA